UAGAAUGCUAGCAGAAAAAUCUGUUUAAACAUCAUUUUCAGGCAAAAUUAUACAAUGCCUUUUGGUAAUUCUCUUAGCUAUACUACUCGAAACUACAUGCUGGCAUUUGGUUGGCUUUUGUGGCAAAAAAUUGACUUAAUAUGCAUCUUUAAACUGAAGUAUAUUUGUCUCGUUAUCCAAUAAAUGUGCUUUCUAGACACUUUCAUGUGGUUAACUUACUAGUUUUUUUUUUUUUUUUUUCAUUUAAAAUAUUAUUCUUUAGCUUCAAAUUCAAUUUAUUACUAGAAUGUAAACUAAGUGUAAAUUGAUUGCAUGAUAUAUAUAAUAUAAUUUGAUAAAAUCUUUCAAUGAGAACACCUGUUAGCUUACCAAGUUUAUAAUAAUAUUUAUUUGUAACCAAAAAUUGGAUGGUACAUUUAUAAUACUAAAAAUGUUUAUUGUUUGAAAGACAAAUUGGAUAUUAAACAUUUUCAAGAACUGCAUUAGAAUGAAUCUUUCUUGGAUGUAUUUGGUAAAAAUCAUGAAAUUACUUAAAAUAUUACAAAUAAAAUUACAAAUAUGUUAAGAGUUUUCACUUCACCUCUAAGAAUCUUAUGUAUACCUGAAGCAUUAGUGGAAUCUCUACCAUUUUUUUUAAAUACUGAUAAAAAAAUAUGUAUUACCAGUCCAUGCACUAUUGCGUACAACAUUUGGAACAAAGUUCGUCUGUGAAGGACUUUGGCACCAAACAAAAUGACAAAUGGUAUAUUCCAAAUAUAUAAAGGUUAUUGCUUUAAAUUUAUUGAUUUAAAUUAAGUUCGGUGCUAACUGGUUUUUCAUGUUAAUAUUUUCAAAUAAAUACUGACACUGAAAGCAAACGGUCAUCUAAGUGUUCUACGCCGCGUAGCUUCUCUUGAGUCCUAAAUUGCUCUUCAACAAAAGGAGUACGUAACCUGCUACAAAGUAAUCAACACAGAGAGUAUACUAAAGUUGCCCAUGGGCGCCAGACCAUAUGGAUUUGAUACAGCUUGAAAACAGUAUCAGGGAAGCUGAAGUGAAAAAGGAACAAGUGAUAAAUCUCAGUCAUAGAGGCUUAACUAUUUUGCCAAGUAGCAUACAGACACUGAAACAUGUUACUAGAUUGCUGCUAAAUGAUAACAAACUUAUUAUGCCCCCACAAGAACUUAUAGAACUGGAACUCUUACAAGAGCUUAUUUUAGAUCACAACCAAUUGACUGUAUUGCCCUCUGGAAUUGGAAGGUUAAAACAGCUGACUUAUAUUAGUAUAAGCCACAACCCUCUCAGUUUUCUUCCUGGAGAAAUUGGGGAUUUAAAAAAUCUUCGGCAGCUGUGGGCUGUCAAAUGUGGUUUAAUUGCAUUGCCAAAGGAUAUUGGUUUAUUAACAAAAUUAGAGAAACUGAGUCUUCGAAGUAACAAUAUUAGUGACCUGCCAGAUGAGUUUCACCACCUUCAGUCAUUACAGUGGUUGAGCUUGCAAGAAAAUCAAUUCUGCACUUUGCCAAGUAAUUUUGGUAAAAUCCCAAGGCUGUUAUACCUGAAUUUGGACAGUAAUCAAUUUGACUGUGUCCCCAUAUGUUUGACUGAGAUUCAGAACUUAUCCACCAUUUGCUUGAGAAAUAAUCAAAUAAGGGAGCUUCCUGAUGAGACUCUAGUGGGACUUGCAAAGUUAACUAAACUUGAUUUAAGGGAUAAUCCUUUGGUGGAGAGGCCUAGUCACUGGAAGGGUCUUGACUACAUAUUACUUGGUUCAGCAAGCUUAAAUGACAGCAGCACCAGUGAAGCACUCCCUGAGGAAAAGGUUAAUGGAUUAGAUGACAGUACUAGUGAGGCAGAAGAGGAUGUUGAUGGAUGACUAAAAGCAUACUGUAUAAAAUUUGAAGCCAAAGGAAGUUAAAAGAAACACUAAAUGUGUUUCUCCAGACAUAAUACAGCAUGUACAAUAAAGAUGCUUAAUGUAGCUUUAUGUGGGGGAGUUUGGGGGUUUGUGAGAAUUCAUUUUUUUAGAAUGAUGUGUUAAAUUAUGCAUUGUAUUAAAAUGAAUGCAUUUCAUGACAAAGAAGUAGAUGUUAACUUUUUGCCAGAAAUAUCCAUGAUAAAAUUCUUAGAAGAGGGUGGCAAUUUUCCAUUUUAUUUUUUCUUUAGACCAGUCAUUUUGUGAAAGUGAACAUUCCUAGGAAUCUCUCUGUAAAUGG